AUGGAAGAUGGAUUCCGAGCCAUAAUAAAGAUCCCGUACUGGAUAUCAGUGCCCAGGACUUACGCAACAGCUAGCGAGGUCGCAAGUCUGGCAUUUCUUCGCUCUAAGAAGAUCCCAGUCCCGGAAGUGUAUGGCUGGUCUUCGGUCACUGACAAUCCAGUCGGUGUAGAGUACAUUAUCAUAGAACAUGUCGCAGGUGUCGGCAUCGUUGACAUUGAGAAGAAGCUUUGCAGCAUUCCACUUGGGGCUAUUGGAAGCCUUUAUUUCAGAAGUGACCUUCCACCCCAACUGCGGGCUCCGCUAUAUGCAGUGGGCACACCAGAUGAAGCCGGAGACUCCCAGACCUACUGCAUCGUACCAACGGCUGAUUACAUGUUUUGGUAUGGGCAAAGAUCUAAGCUGGAUCUGGACCGAGGGCCGUGGACCGACCCCAAGGACUAUCUACGUGCAAUUGCCGAAAAGGAAGUCAAAUGGAUCGAGAAAUACGGGAAGCCACUUGAAAAUGGCAUUCCUCACAACAUCGCAUUUCCCGCACCAUAUCUCCUCCCACAAGAGCAAGGAAAUAAUUUGAGCAAACCCACUUUGCGACAUCCUGAUCUCACCCCGAGCAAUGUCUUCAUAUGUCCAGAUACCUUCAAAGUGAGAUCCAUUAUCGAUUGGCAACAUACAAUCAUCACACCGUUGCUUCUUACAGCCGGAUAUCCCAAGAUCUUCGAGAACCCUAACCCAAAGCACCCCAGCGAGUUGAAACCACCAAAGUACCCUCCGGGCUACGAGACCAUGAGUCCCGAUGAGCAAGCUCAAGUCGACGAGCUUAUACGACGGCAAAGUCUCUUCUACCUCUAUCGCGUUUUCAACGGGGGCUUGAACAAGGUACACCUUGAGGCGCUCCGAGAUCCUCUCAUUUUACAACGUCAGCACCUCGUGGACUCUGCAGGUCGUCAGUGGUCUGGAGAUAUUGUUACACUACGUGGGGCCCUCAUGCGAAUGCAAAACCUUUGGUCUUAUCUCAUUGGCAAGGAUCACCAUGUCAAAUGCCCCAUAGAUUUCUCCGAACAAGAAGUAACCGACCAGGCUGAAAGUGAGCAAACGUGGUACAAUCUGAAUAUACUUAUCAAUAAGUGGCGCGACGAACUCGGUGGGCUCUCAGAAGAAGGGUGGCUACCUGCUCAGCGGUAUGAGGCUGCUGUGAAAAGGAACAAAUCUUUGAUGGCCGAAUUCUCUGACGGCGCCAGUCCAGAUGAGCUGGAAAAAGUGAAGCGAGGUUGGCCGUUUCAGGAUCACGACGAGCUCUACUGA